CAUCAAUCAGAUUAUCAAAGGCUAAAAACAUGUAGAUAAACAAUCCAAACUAACAAUAAAGAUCACUUGCACAAAUUCAAAACAAUUCAUGUUAUGAUUGUUUCAUUGUCAGUGAUUUUCCUAGCUGCUGGAGUAAUAACGGUUUUCACACUGAUCAAAUAUGAUGAGUUUGCUUAUGUGUAUGAUGAAAAUGCAGCAGAUGAGGCAGUUAAUGAUGAAGGACUGAGACUGGUUGGUGCUACAAGAGGGAAUGUGGACAGCAUUCCAUUUUUAGUUGCUUACAAUCCUGCAGUCUUUAACUAUAGUUUGCGUUUCACAACUUGUACAGGUUCUCUGAUAACACCCACAAUAAUACUGAGUGCAGCCCAUUGUAUACUUAAUGUUGUUGACACUCAAGACAUUGAAAAAUGUUUAAAUCUAAGCAGAACAUCAACAUUUUCUAACAAGUUCAAUGGAAGGGUGAGAUGCACUUAUACUGCAGAUGAUAAUAUAAAAAUAGAAUUGAUAAAUCCAACUGGUGUAGCCUAUCUUGGUGUAAACAAUGUCAACAGCUACGAGGAUGUCAAAUUAGGGCAGUCUAUAGAGAUAGAUUACAUAAUACGCCAUAAACAUAGUUACCGGGGUGGAGGGUCAUAUGGAACCUAUGGUGGAUUUGAUAUAACACUUCUACAUUUAACAAUUUCAGCUUUCCAAACUCCCGCUUGUCUUCCUGGUAUCAGGUUCAAAGAUUCAGGGAUUGGGCCUGGAUAUAAUAUCAAUAUAAAUGCAAGCUUAGCUGGAUAUGGAGCAUACUACAGAGCUUCUGAUUACUGUCUUACAGAUGCCCUUGGACCUUCAAGAUAUCAUUACUGUCGAUCAAACACUAAUUGUUUAACUAAAAGUGCUCCUCCACAAAACUCAAAGUGUGAGGAAUUCUUCUCAAGGCAGCAAACAGUUUAUAAAAUGCCUGAUAAUGUCUACAAAAUUGCUAUCAAGAUCAAUAAUACUGAGGAAAACUGUUAUAGAGCUUCAUCUGGCAUAGUAGGUUCAUAUGGUUGGUGUGAUGUAGAUACGGAUGCAAAUACGCUUGGAGUCUUGAAAAAUGCUAAAUCUUGGGGAUUCUGUAGUGAAGAUUGUUUCUUAAGAAACAACCUAACUGACUUAGAGCCAGAUUUUGAUGUAUUGCGAAGAAUUGAUCAAGUUGAUAUAUUAGAUGAUCACACUUGUGUAGAGUUCUUAAACACAGCACUUCGAAAUGCUGCUGUUUCUUUCCGUCCAGAAAUACUUUGCAUUGGAAAACUGGGUUCUAGUAUAACUGAAAAGUAUACUAAAAAAGAUACUACCUUUUCUCAUAUUGGGUCAGAUCUGUCAUUCUUUGUAACAUCAGUAGGGCCAUGUUCCGGAGAUUCAGGAGGACCUGUUUAUGUGAAAGACAUUAAAUCUGGAAGAUUUGUGGUUUUAGGGACAGUUAGCGGAGGGCAUGGGGAGCUUGGUAGGUGCGGAGGAAUAAAUAAUCCUACUCAUUAUGUCAGGAUGAAAAGUUUAGCUUCCUGGAUCCAGCUGGUACUGGGAGAUGAAAAAACAAACAUUUGUUGGGUUGGGAAUGAGUAAAUUCAGAGUCUGAGAAAAAAUCAUGAUCAUUGGAGUACUAUUGGAGGCCCCCAUGGAGCUCUUGGAUGAGACCCCCAGAUUCUUGUAGGAGACCCCCAGAUUUUCAUUAAAGACCCUCCGAUUUUUAUUGGAGACCCCCAGAUUUUCAUUUGAGACCCCCAGAU